AUGGCUCCCGAGUGGAACCUGAUGCCUCGGACUCUGGAGGGUCAGAUCACCAUGGAGAAGACGCCGAGCUACUUCAUCACCAAAGAAGCCCCUCGCCGAGUCUUCUCCAUGAGCCGCCACACCCGGCUCAUCGUGGUGGUUCGAGACCCCGUCACCCGAGCCGUUUCUGACUACACACAGACUCUGUCCAAAUCUCCCGGGCUGCCGUCCUUCCAGAACCUGGCUUUCCGCAACUCCACCACGGGCCUCAUCGACACGUCGUGGAGCGCCGUGCGGAUCGGCAUCUACGCCAAGCAUCUGGAGAACUGGCUGCGCUACUUCCCGCUCUCACGCUUCCUUUUCGUCAGCGGGGAACGCCUCGUGACGGACCCGGCGGGCGAGAUGGGCCGGGUCCAGGACUUUCUGGGGCUCAAGCGCGUGGUCACAGAUAAGCACUUCUACUUCAACCAGACCAAAGGUUUCCCCUGCUUGAAGAAGCCAGAGGGGAGCAGCAGGCCGCGAUGCCUGGGAAAGUCGAAGGGCAGGCCCCAUCCCCAGAUCCCCUCCGAGGUCCUGCUCAGGCUCCGAGAUUUCUACAGACCCUUUAAUCUCAAAUUCUACCAAAUGACUGGCCACAACUUUGGCUGGGACUGAAUGACUAUUCACCAAAGCUCUUAAAAACUGUCAGUACCAGUCUUAUUCAACCAAGAGCCAAACCCAGACAGGGAUAUCAUGUGUUGUAUUGUGUGUCACCAAAGCUUCUACUGUGCAAAACAUGCCUUUUCCUCAUUUCCUAAGCUAUGAUAACUGAAUGCCAACACAUACGUCCUCCUUCCCUCGGGGUCUGCAGCAGCCACGCUAACAGAGUUUGUGAGAGCUUUGAUCCCUGGAGCCACUUUAGCAAGCAAUGCUAAACAAAGCUUGCGAGAGCCGGUGGUUGUGUGCUCAUACUGCUGCACUGAGACAAGCACAAGCCAGCAUGAAGCAUACUGCUUAUUUGCUUAAAGCUGGAACUUCUAACUUGGCUCCCCGAGAGCUGGAAGUGAGCGCUCAUCGCUGUCCACAACACUUAAUGGCACAACCUUUACAUCGGAAAUAACACCAGGAAGAAGCCGAUGCUCCAAAGAGAUGAACCCAAAGUUAAAGCAAAAGGCAAACGGGUAACAAACCUUGGCAGAUGAGAAAAGUUAUUAUAAACUGAAGUUAAGAGUCUUGAAUUAUUCACAAUGGUACAAUCACAAUGGAUGGUUGCAGUUGGGCCAUAAGUUGAUCAUUUACAAUCAGUUAAAUUGCAUCACUUCUGGGUAAAUACAAUGAAAUGUUGAUACAGUUUAUGCAGCCGCAAGAAGUUCUGUAGUUAUGUCAAUGCAAGCUCCUUUUAUGGAUUGUCUUUUAUUUUUUUUUUAAAUAUAAGAUGUAGCAAGAAUGGGAUAUCUGGUACCUGUCCAAAAGGUCCAAUGUGUGCUGUAAAUUUGCUAUUAUUUAUGUCAAAGCUUGCAUAUUUACAGACCUGAAAAGAACAUUUUACAAGCUGUAAACCUGUGAUUGUUUUCUACUACAUUCAACACCCACACUCACCUCCACAAAUGGUACUUACAUGCCACUGUAUAUUUCUAAAAGGCUAAUUUAUAAGAGGACAAACUGUUGUUGAGAUGUUUUCUCUGAGACUUUUGUAUUUGAGAUUCUGCUGGAAAUUCUGACUAAAUCUUUUAUUCUGGAA